AAUUAUGAAACACAUUUGGUUCAUAAUCGAUUUAGUGUUUGAAAAAUACCUAUGUGUAGAAAGCCAAUAAAACAUGUUUCAAGAAAGCAUCAGUGUGCAACAUAGAAAAUGAAAUACUAGUGGUGAUAAUAUUGAUAUGAUCAAAGAGAGACAUAAAAUUAACUCAAUACGUAGUCUUAGCCUAAUAAAAAUAAUAAUUGUGUGCAGCCUGUGAGAAAUCUAGUAAGAGAGAGAGUGAAGCAGCGAGUGCUGGCGCACGCAUGACGGACGCUCUGUGAGCUCUGAGACGGCCAAUCAGAGCGCUCGGCUCGCCCGAGCUGCUGCAGCAGAGGAGUGAGAGAGGAUUCUCCCACACACGCGCGCACGCACGCAUCCUAAACGGAGCAGAGCAGCACACGCUCGACAGGGGAGCGCAGACACGCGGAGACAAUGGUACGCAUGGGACAGAAAGUCUGUUUGGAAACUUUAGCGCACGCACCGGAUGCACAUUUAUGGACUUGUACCAUUAGGAGGUUCAACAUGGCCGCUGCAGUUGUCUUACAUGUUUGUUGCAUCUGGGCUUGAACGCCUCAGCGUUCUUACUUGAGUGCUCUUAGAGUGCAUGAUGUCAAUGCAUUUCUGCUGCCUUUCCAAGACGAAAAACUGAAAUAUGAACCUCAUCCAAGCCUUCUGGACCUCCGGUCCUAUGACUGAUUAAAUCAAGCCCCUCUAACUACAAUCCAAGUGGGGGGAAUAAGGAGUAGACGUGGCUGCUGGUUGGUGGCAGUGGAGGACAAGGAGGUGGUGGUGGAGGAGGGGGGUUUGGAAACCAUCUAUUUCCUUUGGAAUAUAUCAUUUGUGGAAUACCAUUGUGUUCUUGGAUUAUUGCAGAACUUUUGGAGUUUUGGUGUAGUUUUUGGAAUCAUUUUGGAAUAUUGGGAAUUUUGCUCUUGUCUGCAGUCAUGAAGGUGAACCCGAGCUUUUGUUUGUGUCCUGUACUUUUGUGCCUGUGUUUUCUGGAGAGGGGUUAUGAGGCGAGCCAUCACGGCCAAGUCAAAAUCAUUUCGAGGAGCCAUAAUGCGACUCGCAACAACAACCAGACUAAGGACGGGGAAACAGAGGUCCACCAUCGGCCCAAACGUGGAUGGAUAUGGAACCAGUUCUUUGUCUUAGAGGAACACAUUGGUCCAGAUGCACAGUAUGUAGGAAAGCUACAUUCUAAUUCAGACAAAGGCGACGGUUCAGUCAGGUACAUCCUUAGUGGUGAAGGAGCAGGGAGUAUCUUCAUCAUCAACGAGGCCAUCGACCUCAACACCAACAAACCCCUGGAGCCAGAGUCAGAGUUCAUUAUAAAAGUUCAGGAUAUUAACGACAAUGCCCCCAAAUUCCUUGAUGGACCCUUCGUCACAUCUGUGCCUGAGAUGUCGGAAGUUGGUACAUCAGUUUUUCAAGUCACAGCGACAGACGCAGACGACCCUACAUAUGGAAACAGUGCACGGGUGGUGUACAGCGUUCUGCAUGGACAGCCGUACUUCUCCGUUGACCCCAAAUCUGGAAUCAUCAGAACAGCGCUGGCAGACAUGGAUCGAGAGGCGAGAGAACAUUACUCCGUGGUGAUUCAAGCCAAAGACAUGGCGGGGCAGGUGGGGGGGCUAUCGGGCUCCACCACAGUCAACAUCACACUGACCGACGUCAAUGACAACCCACCCAAGUUCCCUCAGAAGAAUUACCAGGUGUUUGUCCCAGAGUCGGCACAGGUGGGGAAACCAGUGGGGAAGAUCAAAGCCAACGAUGAGGACAUCGGAAUCAAUGCAGACAUUAAAUACAGCAUCCUGAACCCCGAGGGGGCCGGCAUGUUCUCCAUCUCCACAGACAAAGAUACUAGAGAGGGUGUGAUCACGCUGAGAAAGCCACUUAACUAUGAGAAGAAGAAGCAUUACAGUCUUCACAUCGCUGCAGAGAACACGCACCUGGACCCACACUUCUCCUAUCUGGGCUCGUUCAAAGACGACGCCACGCUCAAGAUCACAGUCGGAGACGUGGAUGAGCCGCCGGUUUUCUCGAUGGAUUAUUACAUUAUGGAGGUGUACGAGAACGCCAAGGUUGGAACUGAAGUGGGAGCUGUCACAGCGAGAGACCCAGACAGCAAAAACAGCCCUGUCAGGUAUUUCAUCGAGCAGACAGAAGACAAAGAGGUGUAUUUCGAUAUCGAAUCCAUCAGCGGAGUCAUUAGAACUACUCAGCUCCUGGACCGCGAGGACACGCCCUGGCACAACAUCACUGUCAUGGCAACAGAGGAAGAUAACCCUAGUCUUCAGAGUCACGUUCCUGUUACAGUGCAGGUUCUAGAUGUGAAUGACAAUCCUCCAAUGAUCAACACAGAAGACAAGAUCAUCAUCUGUGAAAGCACCAGAGCAGGACAGGUCAUUCAGACAAUCACGGCUGUGGAUAAAGAUGAUUUUGCCAAUGGAAAGGGAUUUUCCUUCUCUUUUCCUGGAGGACUUCCUGCCAACCCUAACUUUACUAUUAAAGACAAUGAAGACAGCACUGCCAGCAUCAUCGCCAGACGGCGGAGGUUCCACAGACUGACCCAGGAACUGUACGAGCUCGCAGUGGUGGUUUGGGAUGACGGGGAACCCGUUCUGAGCAGCACCAGUACCCUCGCGCUCAGGGUGUGUUCCUGCCAGAGAGGCACCAGACUGAAGAUCUGCCAGGGUGAAGCGUUCCUCUCCUCCGCAGGGCUCAGCACAGGCGCUCUCAUAGCCAUUCUGCUCUGUGUGCUGAUAUUAUUGGCCAUCGUGAUCCUCUUCAUUACUUUGCGACGAAGCAAAAAGGAGCCAUUGAUCAUCUCAGAGGAGGACAUUCGUGAGAACGUUGUGACGUACGACGAUGAAGGAGGCGGUGAGGAGGACACCGAGGCCUUUGACAUCAUCGCCCUCCGGAACCCAGCUGCUGCCGAGGAGCUCAAGUUCCGUCGGGACGUCCGGCCCGAAUGCAUCCGGCCGCGGUCAUCAAGGAGACCAGCCUGUGGCCAUCACACCCCCUCGUCCCUGGACAUAGAUGAGGAAAUGGACAUUGGGGAGUUUAUCAAACAGAGGGUGGCUGAAGCGGAUCAGGAUACUAGCGUACCGCCCUACGAUUCUUUACAGACCUACGCCUAUGAGGGUCAAGGGUCACCAGCAGGCUCCAUCAGCUCGCUCGGGUCUGCUGGAGCACAUUCCGAACUGGACUACAACUCCCUGGACGACUGGGGUCCCAAAUUUGAGAAAAUGGCAGAACUUUAUGGAGAGGAAGUUGAAAUGACAUCUAAAUCCACUGAAAAGGCAGAGUCGGAGAAGCAGACAUAGGUUUUUGUUAAUGUCGGAGAAAACUGUGAAAAAAAAAUAAAAAUAAACUAUUUUUUUUCGACAUCCGCCGUCAUGGUUUCAUCAGAACAAUGAGACGCUCUUGGACUGCUGCGCUGCCGUAAAGUCAGCUGCCGUUUACAGCUGUAAAGUCAGACUGACUAACUUUUUUUUUUUCUCUGUUUUUUUUUUUUUU